GGGAGGGGGCAGGAGGACGGCCGGUCCCGUCAGUCAGGCAGCGGGAGCCGCCGGGAGCGGAUGGCGGCGGCGGUAGCGGCCCCACUCGCCGCCGGGGGUGAGGAGGCGGCGGCCACGACCUCCGUCCCAGGGGCUCCGGGUCUGCCCGGGAGCCGCAGUGCAGAGCGGGCCCUCGAGGAGGCCGUGGCCACCGGGACCCUGAACCUGUCUAACCGACGCUUGAAGCACUUCCCCCGGGGCGCGGCCCGCAGCUACGACCUGUCAGACAUCACCCAGGCUGACCUGUCCCGGAACCGGUUCCCCGAGGUGCCGGAGGCGGCGUGCCAACUGGUGUCCCUGGAGGGCCUGAGCCUCUACCACAAUUGCUUGAGAUGUCUGAACCCAGCCUUGGGGAAUCUCACAGCUCUCACCUACCUCAACCUCAGCCGAAACCAGCUGUCAUCGCUGCCCCCUUACAUCUGCCAGCUGCCCCUGCGGGUGCUCAUUGUCAGCAACAACAAACUGGGAGCCCUGCCUCCCGACAUCAGCGCCUUGGGAAGCCUGCGACAGCUUGAUGUGAGCAGCAAUGAGUUGCAGUCCCUCCCCGCCGAGCUGUGUAGCCUCCCUUCCCUGCGGGAUCUCAAUGUUCGGAGGAACCAGCUCAGCACCCUGCCUGAUGAGCUGGGGGACCUUCCUCUUGUCCGCCUGGAUUUCUCCUGUAACCGUGUCUCCCGCAUCCCGGUCUCCUUCUGCCGCCUCAGGCACCUGCAGGUCAUUCUGCUGGACAGCAACCCCCUGCAGAGCCCGCCUGCUCAGAUCUGCCUGAAGGGGAAACUUCACAUCUUCAAGUAUUUGUCAACAGAGGCUGGGCGGCGCGGGGGCUCUGCACUGGGGGACCUGGCCCCUUCCCGUCCCCCAAGUUUCAGUCCCUGCCCAGCUGAGGACUUAUUUCCGGGACGUCGGUAUGAUGGCGGGCUGGACUCAGGCUUCCACAGCGUUGAUAGUGGCAGCAAGAGGUGGUCUGGAAAUGAGUCCACGGAUGAAUUUUCCGAGUUGUCGUUCCGGAUCUCGGAGCUGGCCCGGGAGCCUCGGGGGCCCCGGGAGCGGAGGGAGGAUGGCUCUGCUGACGGAGACCCUGAGCAGAUUGACUUCAUUGACAGCCACGUCCCUGGGGAGGACGAAGAGCGAGGUGCUGCUGCUGAGGAGCAGCGGCCACCAGAAUUAAGCCCCGUGGCAGGGGACGGGGAGAGGGCGCUAAGCAGCAGGCAGGAGGAGCCCGCAGGGGAGGAGCGGCGGCGCCCAGACACCUUACAGUUGUGGCAGGAGCGGGAGCGGCGGCAGCAGCAGCAGCAGCAGCAACAGCAGAGUGGCGUGUGGGGGGCCCCCAAGAAGGACAGUUUUCUGAAGCUGGGGCUCAGGGCUGCUGGCGGAGGUGCUGCCGCCUCGUCUACUCAGGCCACCUACAACGGCACGCCUAAGUCCAGUGCCCCCCAACUGGGAGCUUCAGGGGGUCAGGGAGCCCCCGCCCCCACCUCCCAGGAGCCUGUUCCUGUGGCCAGACCAGCGACACCACCUGCUCCCCGGCCGCUCGGCUCCAUUCAGAGACCAAACAGCUUCCUCUUCCGUUCUUCCUCUCAGAGUGGCUCAGGCCCUUCCUCACCAGACUCUGUCUUGAGACCCCGGCGAUCCCCCCAGCUUCUGGAUGAGAAGGAGCUGAUGGCCCAGCUGCGCCAGGUCCUAGAGUCACGGCUGCAGCGGCCCCUGCCUGAGGACCUGGCAGAGGCUCUGGCCAAUGGCGUCAUCCUCUGCCAGCUGGCCAACCAGCUGCGGCCCCGCUCCGUGCCCUUCAUUCACGUGCCCUCGCCUGCUGUGCCAAAACUCAGUGCCCUCAAGUCUCGGAAGAAUGUGGAGAGCUUCUUAGAAGCCUGUCGAAAAAUGGGGGUGCCUGAGGCUGACCUGUGCUCGCCCUCGGAUCUCCUCCAGGGCACCGCCCAGGGGCUGUGGACCACCCUGGAGGCCGUGAAGUGGGUGGGGGGCAGGGCCCCCCCGCCCCUCUGGCCCCCCUCUGGUCUGGGUGGCUUCGUCCUCUUCUACGUGGUCCUCAUGCUGCUGCUCUAUGUCGUCUACACUCGCCUCCUGGGUUCCUAGGACCCGAAGUUGCCCCUCCCCCACCUCCUUGCCCUUUUUCUAUUUAUAAGACUCCUGUGCAACCCCCAUCCCCACCGGUGGUGCCUUCAGCCCCUACCAAAGACACUAGUGAACCCCCUCUCCUCCCCAAUACUGACCUCACAGGCCCCACUCUGGUGCCCCCAACCUCUGGCCCCCUCUUCUAGCCCCUCCCCUCUUGGUGCUGAUGGUGCCUUCAAGCCCUCUUGCGGCUCUGCCCGGCCCUCUGCUCCCCCCAGGGAUGCAUCUUAACCUUCCUCUUGAGCCCUCCCUCCAGCCAACCCCUACCCCCCAGCUAUGGGGGGCUAAAUUAUCUAUAUUUUGUAGAGAGAACUCUAUAUUUGUAGAGGAUGCCGGGGCCCAGGUGGGGCCCUGUCUCUUGUAUAAAUUGUACAGAUUGUGGCCGCCUCUGUGUGUGUGUGUUUGCGUCCGUCCCGCUAUGGCCAGGCGCAGCCCUGGCCAUGUCAGGGCUCUGUGUGCUAGCCUGCCUACUCCAGCGUUGCCCUCUGGAAACGACAGGUCUCUCCUUCCCCCUGAGCCUUGGCCUCUUGUGUCAUCUCUCUUCUGUUAUCUGCUGGCAGCUUCCUUGCAUCUCAUUUGUCCCCAAGCCAUGUCCAGGGAGCCCCUGACCUCCGCCUCCUACACUUUGAGGGGCCAUCCUGCCAGCCCCUUUGCCCAGGCUCCUUUAGGGUGUCUCCCACCCUGCCCUCUGCGAAGGGCAGGGAAGCUCAGAGGAGAAGGUGACAAGCGGAACUUAACCUGGGCCCCUCCCCCCAGGAGUCCCUGUGCCAGCCCCACCACAUCCUGGAAGAGGAGGGGGCCCCAGGAAGGGGUCUCCCCUACAUCGCUGCUGUCGUCCACGCACUGCUGGAACGGCCUUAGGGGUUGAGGUCGGGGCUCAGGGCACCCACCCGGCCGGGACCCCAGGAACAGCGAAGACAGACGCGCCUGGGCUCUGCUCUCUAGUGAGGACUGGUGAGGGCGGCCUCGGGCCUGGCCCCCUCCCUCAGGCACCCCCUCGGCCCGAGGGCUUGGGAGCAGGCCGGCCCAGCAAGGCGCCUGGCCGCCCCUGGGUGGCCGAGGGUCUGGGAUGGAAGCCGGGGUGCUGGAUGAUGUGUCAAGUGCAAUAAAGAGAAGCUGGAAGCCCUCUA